GCGGGAAACGUAAAAAUAAGAACAAUCUUGCAGGUCUUAUCGAUCGGCGUCAUUUGGUCAUUCAGAUCUAUCGAUCUCUAGUCUCCUGUGGUGGCAAACAUGCGGAGUUCAUUAGAGUAACCAUGGUUUCAUUUCACAUUGCAUCUAUAUUACUGCCUAUUAUAUGCGGAGCUCUUUUGGGUCAGAGGUAUAUGAAUAUGUUAUGGAAGCCAGGAAUCUUCUUACCUCAUCCAAUUCCAACAUUCUCCUAAUCAGCGUUGUCUCGUUCAAUAUAGUGUCAAUUGCUUAUUACUCCUCGCAAGGUGCAUGUUCCUUUGUGCUGUGCCAUUGAUUCCUUUGUCCUCCAAUCACACUUAUAUCGGCCCUAGAUAAAGGGACAGUACCCCACUGUCAAUCUCUUCUGCGGUCGUCGUGAGAAGGAUAGCCCAUUAUGGUCCAAAGCGCUGCAAGAACGAGCUCCGGUAGUUCCAGUCGUGAAUACGGCAUCACAUUCGAAUGUGCGCCUCCCUCAGCCGUUCGUCCCGGCGUUCCCUUGACCCUACCGGUGAUCGUUGCGGUUCGACCUGUCGGUGCCCCCAGAGACAGUUCUGUGCAACAGUUGGUCGUGAAUGUGUCGCUACGAAAUGAGUCAGGAACCGCGGCUUGUCCCGGACUGACCGGCACAUUGACGUCGAGUGUGCGCAGCCGUCAUGGAAACACUACGGCUGGGUUUGGAAGAUUCAGCCGGCUCACCAUCGGGCAGCCAGGACGAUAUCGAUUGCGAGUAAUGUUGGGCGCUGCUUCCGCCAGUGGAGUGACGACGCGAGAUUAUAUUGAUUCGGGCGUCAUUGAGGUUCAUGCCGGUGCUCCGGCAGUUCAGCGGCCAACUCCAUCACAGGUCACAAAACUCCAAAGCCUGAUCCCAGAGAACAUAGACCUGUCGGCAGGCGAGAUUGCAGCCUGGCAGCAAGCUUAAUCCAACAGCCCCCCAUUGCAUCGGACUACAGGGAGUGAGAGGAGUUACAUUGGAUUUCGGUCUAGCAUUCUCAUCUUUUCAGGGGCGUUGCUUGGGAGCAUGGAUAUAUGGUAAUAGCGACAUAGAGGGGUUUUUCUUUAGUAUUUCUCCGCGGUAAACGGUCUAGAGGGACAAUUGCG